AUGCAUUCAACAAGUUUAUCCGAAUGGCGCAAGCUUCCUUUGAGCUUGGGGGAGCUUUGUAUCAAUACAACUUUAAGAUGCGGCCAGUCAUUUAGAUGGCAACAUCUCCCCGACAAUAACGAAUGGCGAUGUGUUCUCUAUGGCCGCUUCCUCUCCCUAAAACAGGACUCUGAAUGUCUGUACUAUCGCUCAACCUCCCCUCCCGAUUCUCACACCCAUCCCGCUUUGCAAACCCCCCAUAAAGACGGCGAAGAUCCGCUUGUCCGCAUUAUCAACCAUUAUUUCAACCUGACGCCUAGUUUAACUGGCCUAUACUCCCAAUGGUCACUGAGCGACCCAAAUUUCAAGAAGAAGGCCUCGCAGUUUACCGGCAUCCGAAUCUUGCGCCAGGAUGCUUGGGAGGCAUUGGUCUCAUUCAUUUGCAGCAGCAACAAUAAUAUUGCUCGCAUAUCCCAGAUGGUUGAAAAGCUAUGCACGAUAUACGGACAAAGCGUGGCAGAAGUUGACGGCCGCACGUAUUACGACUUCCCAAAGCCCGAGCGGUUGACCGGUCCAAAUACGGAAAGCGAGCUCCGCAAGUUAGGAUUUGGGUAUCGGGCUAAAUACAUCCAUGAAACUGCUCAGACAAUAGCUGAGAUGCGGGAUAAGGGUUGGCUGGAUGGUCUUAGCAACCCCGAGUGUCCGGCAUUCGGCGUGGAAGCCCAACCCAGCAGCGAAAUGAAACCAGAAGGUCGAGAUGGAUAUCGAGAGGCACAUGAGAAGCUCCUAGAGCUCAAGGGAGUGGGACCUAAAGUGGCAGACUGUGUAAGUCUGAUGGGUCUAGGCUGGGGGGAGUCGGUGCCGGUUGAUACUCAUGUGUGGCAAAUCGCUCAGCGAGACUACCGUUUUGGCAAAAGCUCCAGCAAGACCUUGAACAAGACUACUUACGACGCUGUUGCAAACCACUUCCGCAAGCUCUGGGGCAAAGAGGCCGGAUGGGCUCACAGUGUGCUCUUCACAGCGGACUUGCGGACAUUUGCAGACAAACUUGCCGCUACAAAGAAGGUCGACAUUAAGCUGGAAGAGACCAAGUCUGAGGUGAAGAUCGAGACCGAUGUCUUGACUGCCCUCGCUGUGAAAGAGCCAAAGGAAGAAAUUGUGGACGUUGAGGUCAAGGUCGAGGAUAUAGAUGAAGCUGUCAAGACACCCAAGGGCAAGAAGCGCAAGGAAUCAGACGGCAUAGUCCAUGCUGCUCAUACGACAGACACUCGGAGAAUUUCCAAACGUUUACGGCGCUGA